UGUACUACAAAAAUACCUGCUGAAGAGGAACGAAAGAGUUUGAUAUGCAAUAUUAUACUGGUACUGUUCAAAGUUAUGUUCCUGUUACAAUGGAUGUAUAUUAUUCUCCAAAUCCUAUUCAUCCUAUUUGGGAGAUACCCAAGCCACCUGGCAUGGAUUUAUAUGUGGAUCAGUUACAGUCCAUCAUAAUGCCAUAUCUAAAAUUAGAUAGCAUCAAAGAUAACACUGAAUUUGGAGAUGUUGACUAUCAAAUAAGACCAAAUAUCCUAUUAACAGGGCCAUCUGGUUAUGGAAAGACUAUUAUAGUUAAAUCAUUAUGCAGAUGCCUUAAUCUUCAUUUUUUUCAGGUAAAUUGUUAUAAUCUUAUAGGAGAUCUGCCAGGAGCUACUGAAGCUCGAUUUAAAGCAACUUUUGAAAAAGCUAUUAUGUGUGCUCCUUGUAUUUUAUUAUUAAAAAAUAUUGAAAUAAUAAGAAGAGAUGAUAAUUUUCUGGAUGAUUCUGUGCUUAUCGCCAACGUCGGGGAAUGCACUGGUUUAAUAAUAUUUGCUUCAUCCCAUUUGACCACUGAGCCUUCAGCUUGUGCCAUCUGCAACAGUAUUGUGGUGUUCGAUCCUUUACUGACAUUGUAUCUGUGCUCUCUGAAUCUGACUCCCAAAUUUGGUGUCACUAAUAGAAAUUUGGGAAUUGAUCACAGCAAUGGCAAUAGCAGAGAACUUAUUUCAUCUAGAAUUAGGGACAUUGUCAAUGCAUGUGAGAAAGCCAUCCUCAUCAAGAGGAAGCAUAUAAGGAAGGUUCCCUGGUGGAAUGCAGAACUUACAGAAAUGCACCAACAGAACAACUGGCUGAGGAGAAGAUUUUAA